AUGGAGCAUAUAACUACGCCAAAGGUGGAACAUGUGAAGCUAUUGGACAGAUACUCUGGCAAGAAUCCAGCAACUGGUACCUUAUACCUGACUGCUACUCACCUUAUCUAUGUAGAGCAAGCCCACAAUGCUCGCAAAGAAACCUGGGUGUUGCAUCAUCAUGUGGCGUUGGUGGAGAAACUGCCCCUGACGGCUGCUGGCUGCCCCCUCCUCAUCCACUGUAAAACAUUCCAGCUACUGCAUUUCAUUCUGCCACGGGAGAGAGAAUGCCAGGACAUCUACCAGUCCCUGUUACGCCUGUCUCAGCCAGAAAAGGAGGAUGAGCUGUAUGCCUUCGUGUACAACCCCAAAACCCAAAACCAGGAGGAGAAGAAACACAGCUGGGCACUCAUUGACUUUGCAAGUGAUUUCAAAAGAAUGGGAUUGCCCAAUGACUUCUGGGAAAUCAGUGACCUGAACAAGAACUAUGAGAUCUGUACCACAUAUCCAUCACUGCUGGGCUUGCCCAGAACUGCCAGUGUUGCCACGGUGAUGGGCAGCGCCAAGUUCAGGAGCCGUGGUCGACUGCCUGCUCUCUCUUAUUUCCACAAAGACACAAAGGCAGCGAUCUGUAGGUGUAGCCAGCCUCUCUCGGGUCUGAACGCACGCUGCGUGGAGGAUGAGCAGAUGCUGGAGGCGAUCAGUCGGUCCAACCCUAACUGCCCCUUCGUGUUUGUAGUGGACACCAGACCCAAGCUGAAUGCUAUGGCGAACCGCGCCGCAGGAAAAGGCUAUGAGAAUGAGGGGAACUACUCCAACAUCAGAUUCCAUUUCCAGGGAAUUGAGAACAUUCAUGUCAUGAGAAACAGUCUACAGAAACUGCUGGAAGUGUGCGCGAUGAAGUCUCCAACCAUGAGUGAUUAUCUGACUGGCCUGGAAAGUUCCGGAUGGUUACGACACAUUAAAGCUGUAAUGGACGCGGGUGUGUUUCUGUCAAAGGCAGUAGCAGAUGAGAAAGCCAGUGUGUUGGUGCAUUGUUCUGAUGGUUGGGACCGGACGGCUCAGGUGUGUUCUUUAGCCAGCAUCCUACUGGACCCUUACUACCGUACCAUUAAAGGCCUUAUGGUUCUCAUUGAAAAAGAAUGGAUCUCUUUUGGGCAUAAAUUCACACACAGGUGUGCUCAUCUGAGUGGAGAUCCUAAAGAGGCGUCUCCUGUGUUCACUCAGUUUCUGGAGUGUGUUUGGCAGCUGACGGAGCAGUUUCCCUGUGCGUUUGAGUUUAACGAACGGUACCUCAUUCAAAUUCAUGACCACGUGUACUCCUGCCAGUAUGGGAACUUCAUUGGAAACUGCCAGAAGGAGAGAUUGGACAUGAAGUUGCAUGAGAGGACGUUUUCUCUGUGGCCAGUGCUGCUGGAGAAACAGGAGCAGUACAGAAACCCUCUGUACAAACGCUCUCCCAACACCACUGUUCUCAGGCCCAGCACUCUUCCUUUACACUUUAAGUUUUGGUGUGGAUUAUAUAACCACUAUGACAAAGGGAUGCACCCAAAGCAGUCAGUUCUUGACCAGCUGCUCACUCUGACCCAGAGAAAGACUGAGGAAGAGAGGAAGAUGACAGACCUACAGAGACAACUGGCUGUUGCUGAUGGUGUCUUACCAGAUCCAACUGGGCCAAUCAGCAGGCUUAUAGAACAAAACGGUCAAUCUGAGACCACCCCUUCUGCUUCCACUGACCAGUCACAGAGAGACUGCAACUCACUCAUCAAUGGUGCCACAGAGGGACUGACUUCAGAUUUAAAACCCACCAGUGGGGAGGAGGCUGGCACACAAACCAUCAGUGAGUCAAAGGGAAAACCUGUUCCUGUGUUGCUCUUCAUGAUCCAGCUGCGUUUCGGACCUGAAGAGGAACCGAGCGACGAGAGCCGUGAACUGAAUCGGGUUGUUGCCGACAAUGACCAUUUUCUGCUGGCGGAGCUGCUCUCUCAGGACCGCUACAGGAAGCGCAUUAACGAACGCAGCGGCUGGGGGGUACCCGGCACUCCCUUGCGUAUGGCGGCGUCAAAGGGACAUCUCCGCUGUCUGGAGCUGCUCUUGGCGCAUGGCGCAGAAGUUGACAGCCUGGAUGUGAAGGCUCAGACUCCGCUCUUCACCGCUGUUUGCGGACGCUCUCUGAGCUGCGUGCUAGCGCUGCUGCGUGCUGGCGCUAACCCUAACGGAAGCCCCCUGAAUAACAGCUCGCCCGUUCUCACCGCAGCCAGAGAGGGCGACCCGGAGAUCCUUCGUCAACUCCUUCGCCACGGAGCUGAAGUGAACGCCCGGUCCAAAGUCAUGCUGUGGGCGUCGGGCGUAUCAGUAUGUAGUGGGCCGCUUUACCUGUCUGCUGUAUAUGGUCACCUGGACUGUUUUAAAGUGCUUUUAUUGUACGGUGCUGAUCCUAACUACAACUGCCCAGAUGACAGGCAGAUAGUCAAAACCAAGCAGCCCAAGACGGUGUUGGAGAUGUGUCUGAGACAUGGCUGCAGUGUGGAGUAUAUCCAGCUACUCAUUGACUUUGGUGCUAAUGUCUAUCUACCUACUCUCAUAAUAGAGAAGAGCACCAAACAAAACGAGGCCGUGGAGCUGCUGCUGAGAGAAAGAGGGUGCCCUAAGUCGCUGCUCUCUCAGUGUCGACUUGCCAUUCGCAGACACCUCAAACAAGUGAACAGGAUUCAGCAUAUAGACCAUUUGGACAUCCCGUCCAGACUGAUUAAUUAUCUCAGACACAGACCUAUGAGCUGCGGCCCAGAGCUCUGAUCCACACACACAUGCUCAGAUGUGCCUUUCCACCAGACAGUGCAGCUGAAACACUGUUUGUGCUGUCCUGUUAGAGACUGCUGCUGAAACACAUAGUAUUGUACCAUGCUUCAGCAUGCUGGAAUAUUACCUCUGAAUGCAAAGCAUAACAACUGCAACCAGCUGACUGCACACCCUAUGGACAUAUGCCUAAAAUAAGGUGU